GGUGAGCUCAAGGAUUACCCACCAGCCUCGGAGCAUGAAGGCAAGGAGCAUCUCAAGUAUCGAAGUGUCACUCGCUCCCUGAAUCUCCUCUAUUCGGACUACAAAAGCUUCCUGAGGAUCCACAGGGUGAAAAGGAAGCUGCCUUGCGGCCAGCCCCAGAGGCUCUUGGUGGAUUACUUCUUUGAUGAGAAUGUCGAGGGGAUCAAGCAGCAGAGUCUGGACGUGGUCUUACUUGUCCUGGCCAAGGGGACCAUUGCCACUGUCUUCAGGAGAGAGCUGCCUCAAGAGGCUGGGCUGAGAGGCUCCUUCUCCCUGGAGCUGCCCAUCGGCCCCGAGCUGGCACCCACGGCCAAAGUGCUGGGCUACACGGUGCUGCCCAACGGUGAGAUGGUGGCUGACAGCACCGAGCUCAAGGUGGCCAAGUGCUUUCCCAACAAGGUGACUCUGUCCUUGGAGCAGAGGGCUCUGGUGGGCUCACAACUCCGCCUGAAGGUGCAAGCUUCCCCAGGGUCGCUCUGCACCAUCUACACUGUGGAUCAACACACGCAGUCCUCUGGUUCCCCGGUCAAGCUCAGCCCCAGCACACACAGUCAAGUCGUGGCCCUGUUUGCAGGAGCAGGCCUGGAGGAGGAUGACAGUGUCAUGCAGGACACAGGGACAAAUAUGUAUUUCUUGGGGACGUGGCUGUGGGAGCUGGUCCCUGUGGGGGAUGGGGGGUCUGCAGACGUGACAGUGAUGGUGCCCAAUACCACCAUGGAGUGGGAAAUUGGGAUGUUCUGCACGGCACCGCAGGGCUUUGGGCUGGCCCCUUCCACCACCCUCACGGCCUUCAAGCCCUUCUUCGUGGAGCUGGCGCUGCCCUACGCUGUGGUCCGCCAUGAAGCCUUCACCCUCAUGGCCACCGUCUCCAACCACUUGCAGCAGUGCCUGUGGGUUCAGGUUAUGCUGGUGGAGCUGGCAGAGCUGGAGGUGUCAGGGGGCGAGGAUGGGGCGCACAGAGACUGUGUCUGCGCGAAUGAAGAAAGGACAUUUCAGUGGGGUGUGCGAGCCAGCAGCCUGGGGGAGGUGAAUGUCACAGUCAUCGCCAAGGCCCUGCACUCGGAGAAGCUCUGUGGCACCGAGAUGCCCGUGGUGCUUGCCCAUGGACACAUGGACACCGACACGGAACUCCUGACAGUGCAGAGAGCAGAUGGGACCCAUAACAUCACCCUGCUAGAGAGGAAAGUCCAGGAGCCUCACCUGUACCUGAACAUCACCUUCCCCGCUCCAGCUCCCUCCAAGGGGAAGGAGGAAAUCGUAGACCUGCAUGUCUCAAUCCAAGGAGAGUCCCUGGAUGUCUCCAAGAAGAAGGUGAUGCUGAAAGCCCUGAAACCUGGGAUCUUUGUACAGACAGACAAGGCUGUCUACAAGCCUGGCCAGCAAGUGAAGUUUCGAAUUGUCUCUUUGGAUAAAGACUUCACUCCCAGCAAUAAGAAGCUGCCCCUCGUGUUCCUGAAGGAUCCCCAUGGGAACCGCGUGGCGCAGUGGCGGGAUAUGAGCCCUCGUCAGGCCAUCGUGGACCUGUCCCUCCCGCUGGCUGCAGAGCCAGCCCUGGGCACGUACACCAUCGAGGUGGGGGGGAAGAGACACUCCUUCAGUGUGGAGGAAUAUGUGCUGCCCAAGUUUGAGAUGACCAUUGAUCUCCCCGCUGUGGUGCUGGAGAAGGACCAGAAGUUCCAGAUGAAAAUUUGUGGACGGUACACCUACGGGAAGCCCGUCCAGGGGAAGGUCCAGGCCAGCUUGUGCCAGCCCCUCAGGCACAGCAGGUUCGUGUACAUACUUUCCAGUCACCCCCAGAAAGAGAUGAACUGCAUCGAGGUUAGCGGGCAGACCGAGAAGAACGGCUGCUUUUCGACAGAGGUUUUGUUGUCUGCCUUCAGCCUGACCAGCUCCAGGUACCAGAAGCAACUCCAAGUCCAGGCAUCGCUGGUGGAGGAUGGGACAGGGCUGGAGCUGAAAAACACCAAGAGCUGCAAGUUUUUACCCGAAAUCCUCACCGUCACCUUUGAAAAUACUGAUGAUUUCUACAAGCCUGGCAUUCACUACACUGGGACGAUGUUGCUGAAGGGAGCCGAUGGCUCCGUGCUGCCACAGAAGCAGCUCCUGCUCGUCGUUAGCUGGGGAGGAAAAGACACGCGGCAGACCUUCCUGACAGACAGAGCAGGGAGAGCCUCCUUCGAGCUGGAGACCUCUGGUUGGAGUGGCACGGUCUCUCUGCGUGGUGAUGUCAACAAGACAGCUCACACCCAGAACGACGGCUCAACAUCUGUCUACCAAGAUGCCUACAUGUACCUCAGGCCCUUCUUUUCAGCAAGCAGGAGCUUCCUGCGGAUCCGCCAGCUGGAGAGCGAGCUGCCCUGUGGCCAGCCUCAGAAGCUCUGGGUGGACUACAUCUUCAGCAAGGAGGCCUUGGGGGCUGAAUUGGAAAGCCUGGACGUGGUCUUCCUGGUCCUGGCCAAGGGGACCAUUGCCACUGUCUUCAGGAGAGAGCUGCCUCAAGAGGCUGGGCUGAGAGGCUCCUUCUCCCUGGAGCUGCCCAUCGGCCCCGAGCUGGCACCCACGGCCAAGGUGCUGGGCUACACGGUGCUGCCCAACGGUGAGAUGGUGGCUGACAGCACCGAGCUCAAGGUGGCCAAGUGCUUUCCCAACAAGGUGAAGAUGGCUUUUUCGAAGGGCAGGGCUCUGCCCGGCUCAGCGUUGCAGCUGGAGCUGAAGGCUGCUCCAGGAUCCCUGUGUGCCAUCCGUGCUGUGGACCGCAGCGUGCUGCUCUUGAAGCCCGAGGCUGAGCUCAACACAGAGGCGGUCUACAAAGUACUCCCUGAAUUUGACUACCCCAGAAGCAUUCAGGACCAACCACCCUGUUCAGAAUUUUCUUGGGACUAUCCCCCUGACUUCGGCAUUCCAACCAUCCCACUUAAUGCAGCACUGAAACUUUUCACCAACGCCAAGACCAGUGAUGUUUGCAAAGGGGUGAUUGGCUUUCCUGGGAUGGCGGGUCCCCAAGGUCCAAGAGGUGGCUUUGAUUCUUUUGUCACCUAUGCGUGGAAACAAACUGAUGUCCAAAAAGUAGGUAGUGGUGUCCAAGAAAUCGCUGAACAUGAAGAGCCAUCGGAAACCCGGACAUAUUUCCCAGAGACGUGGCUGUGGGACCUGGUCCCUGUGGGGGAUGGGGGCUCUGAGGAGGUGACAGUGACAGUGCCCGAUACCAUCACCCAGUGGGAAGCUGGGAUGUUCUGCACGGCACCGCAGGGCUUGGGGCUGGCCCCUUCCACCACCCUCACGGCCUUCAAGCCCUUCUUCGUGGAGCUGGCGCUGCCCUACGCUGUGGUCCGCCAUGAAGCCUUCACCCUCGUGGCCACCGUCUUCAACUAUCUGCGACAGUGCCUGCGGGUUCGGGUGACGCUGGCAGAGUCUGCAGAGCUGGAGGUGUCGGCGAGUGCAGAUGAGGUGUAUGGUGGUUGCAUCUGCGCAGAUGAAGCGAGGACCUUCCGGUGGGGCAUGCGAGCCACCAGCCUGGGGGAGGUGAACAUCACCAUCAGCACCCAGGCCCUCAGCUCCAUGGAGCUCUGUGGCAAUGAGAUGCCUGUGGUGCCAGCCCAAGGGCGCGUGGACACCGUGAUAAAGCCCUUGUUGGUGCAGCCUGGCGGGAUCCUGGUGGAGAAGGCACACAACUCCCUGCUCUGCCAGGAAGGUAGGACCAGCUUGGAGUCUGCUGAAGAAAUCUCCCUGGAGGUUCCUGCAAACAUCCUGGAGGGCUCCCAGCGGGCCCACGUCACCAUAAUGGGUGACAUUAUGGGCAACGGUGUGCAGAACCUGUACCGCCUCCUGGCCAUGCCCUAUGGCUGUGGGGAGCAGAACAUGGUCCGCUUCGCCCCCAACAUCUACAUCCAGCAGUACCUGGAGAAAAGCGGGCAGCUGCACCCCGACAUCCGUGCCAAGGCGCAGGGCUUCCUGCAGAGCGGAUACCAGCGAGAGCUGCUCUACAAACACAGCGACGGCUCGUACAGUGCCUUUGGGAAGAGUGAUACCAGCGGGAACACCUGGCUGACAGCGUUUGUUCUCAAGUCCUUCGGGCAAGCCAGAGCCUACAUGGCCAUCGAGGAGCGGCACAUCACAGACGCGCUGCGCUGGCUGCAGAAGCAGCAGCGGGAGACGGGCUGCUUCCGCAGCGUGGGGAAGCUCUUCAACAACGCCCUGCAGGGUGGUGUCUCGGACGAGCUCUCGCUGUCGGCUUAUGUCACCGCUUCGAUGCUGGAGCUGGGGCUGUCCCCAUUGGACCCGAAGGUGAGCUCAGCCCUGCAAUGCCUGGAGGCUUCGGCCACGGACAACCCCUACACGCAGGCGCUACUCGCCUAUGUCUUUGGGUUGGCGGGGCGUGGGGAGCAGCAGCAAGCCCAGCUACAGAGCCUAGCCCAGCACAGCAUCAGUACAGAGGGGCAGCUCUACUGUACCGCCUCCCAAAUUGUCCGCUGGCUCAGCAAGCAGCAAAACAAAACCCCUGGCUUCGCCUCCACACAGGACACUGUGGUGGCCCUGCAAGCCCUGGCCAAGUAUGCCGGCCUGACAUACGGCAGCAACGGGGACUUCACGGUGACGGUGACAUCCCCGACAGGCGCCGUGCAAGACUUUGCGCUGCGCAACAGCAACCGGCUGGUGCUGCAGCGGGCGGCUCUGCACGAGCUGCCGGGGACAUACGGGGUGCAGGCGCGCGGGCAGGGCUGUGCCCUGGUGCAGGUGACCCUGCGCUAUAACGUGCCACCCCCUCCAAGCACGGGGAUGUUUGACCUCCGUGUGGAGACGGAGCCUGGGGAGUGCAUGGAAAAUGCCAGCACCCGCUUCCGUCUCCUCCUCCGGGCACGAGCCGUGUCCCUCCAGCUGAGGAGGCAGAGGCUGGUGAAGAAGGUGGAGGUGCAGCCCGACCAGGUGACGAUUUACCUGGAGCAGCUGACAGAGACUGAGGAGGCCUUCGCCUUCGCCGCCACGCAGGACUUCCCGGUGAGGAACCUCCAGCCGGCCACCGUGACGCUGUACGACUACUACGAGACGG